GCAAUGCAUGUUCGUACAUGAUCGUAUCAAGAAGCACUAUCAUUAAAGAAACAGCAAUGCACAGGUAGAGAAAAUGUCAAUAAUAGUCCCUUAUCUUUGAUAGUAGGUUCAAAAUAGUCCCUUAAGUAUCAGUUGAACAAUUUUGGUCCUGUAAGUUUGCCAAAAGUGAGCAUUUUCGGUCUCCGACUAAUAUUUACCAAACUCUGAUUGUUAAAUUUAACCAGAACUGUGAAAUUUUAUUUUUUUAACUAGAAACACCAGAAAUUGCCGUCAAAUGUUUAGAAACUGUAACAGAAAGAACCACACCAGAUACAAACAGUAGUCCAAAAAUUGCACAUAAAAAUGUUGCACCAGACUCUUGAAAGAGACCAAAAAUAACAUAAGCUAUAAAAUUUGUACUUCCACUUCCAGAUGUGAGUUCAUGUUAAAUAUUUUUUAUUUUCACAGUUUCGAUUAAAUUUGACAAUCAGAGUUCAAUAAAUAUCUUUAAAAAAAAAAAAAGUGCUCAUUUCUAAAACUACGCAAGUGAUGCUUUAGGAGUUAAGGGUCUAUUUUGAACCUACUAUCAAAGAUAAGGGACCAUUUUUCUCAUUCUCAUUUUAUGAUAUCAGUCACAUUUAGUUUGCCUCUCAGCUACAAAACCCUGUCAUACUAUUUAAUGAUUAAAAAAUAUUGGAUCUUUCAAACUCUUGUAUAUAUACCUGUCUCACUCUCACAGACAACACCACUGUACUUUCUCCUCUUCCUCCAGUUUUAUUGCAGUGGUCCAUUUCCUGCAUAGUCCAUGCAAACUGAUACGAAAAUGAUGGACAAGAAGUUUCUCAAGGCAUGCCAAAAUAAAUGGCAAAAGAUAGGUGGCAAAGUCAUACCUUCAUCAGCGUGCGACAAAUGUUGUAAAUGGACUAUGUGGCCUUUUCUAAAAGAAGAGAAGGCGAUUCCAAGGGAUGUUCCAAAAGGUCACGUCGUAGUUUAUGUAGGGAAGUAUCAAAAGAGGUUUGUAAUCAAAAUCACCUUGCUGAAGCACCCACUCAUCAAGGCAUUGCUAGAUCAAGCUCAAGAAGUUUAUGAUUUCACUGCUGAUUCGAAAUUAUGGAUCCCUUGCGACGAAAACAUCUUCAUUAGUGUCAUCAGAUGUGCUACAUCACCUGAAAGUCGACGCAUCUCAAUUUGCUUUUGAUGGUCCAAAUCACAAAGCUCGUGAUAGUAAUUCAUCCAUGAUGAUUAACUCAUUGUUUAGAAGGUUGACAUCAAAAAUCAUAACCUGCUGUAUACUAUAUCUAUUGAAUGUAAAUUCAUUGUCUACGAAGUUGAG